AAUUCGCGAAUUGAUGAUUUUUGAAAAAAAACGUUCACUUUACACAGUCUUGAUAUUUAGGUCGAAGAACCGUAAUUUUGAUUUCUUUCUCCAGCGCAUAGCAUGAAAGCGAGUGGUUGUCAGAUAUAGCUGUAGCGGGAAUACUACUAAGGCCUAAUGAUGGUAAUCAAUGGCUAUGAUGUUGGAUGUUGUAACCCUGAUGCCCUAUGAGAUGGUUAUUAUGUGUAUUGUAUAGACUAGUUGUACUGGGAUCUCCUGUGGUAUUUAUACUUCUUAUCAUCAAGCUUAUCUCAAGCUGACAAUUAGUGGUAUUUUGUUAGUAUUUUGAAAUAUUGUGUCAGACGACCAUCUGCAUUGUUUGAUGAAAGUUUAAACCAUUAUGGAUGAUCUGCAAUUGUCGUGAAAGUUCAUCGCUUUUACAAUCAAACAAGUUGAAGUUCACUAUUCAAUUUACAUGGAGUUUCCCUGGAUUUAUCAAUUGAUGGGAAAUCUUUUGUGGUCUGAGUGUAUCUCCAAUUCAUUGAUUUUGAUUAAUUAUAUUGUAGGUCUUUGGGCUAAACAUAUCCAGAAGACAAGCUCUUCAUCGUCUAUCCCAGUAGCUAAACACCAAGCCAACAAUUAUCAAGUGGCAGUUAGAUGAAUGCGACUAUGAAGCUCAACUUCAUUGACUCAUUUUGGACCUCUUUUUCUAUUUGCUGAGAAAAACAUGGCUACUUUGGGUUAUCACUAAUACCUACAAUCCCCGACACCUAAAUUCUAGAUAGAGCUUGUAUUACCACCAACCUGCACACCUAAUCAAUACCUACAACCUUUAAUCCUUAAAAGACACCUAUAUUAUAUUCCCAAGAAAUACACACAUAUGAUGUCCCUGUUUCAUAUUACAAAACUUUUCAAAAAGCACAAAUAACCUAACAACCCAAAUUGAAUUAAUAAACAAUAUAAUAAAGAAGAGAAAAAAAGCACACAGCUUCAUUGAGAUAACUUAUCAGGUCUCUAGCCAGCCCUUACCUGGCAACAAUC